AUGGAUACUGAUGCACAGUUUUUGCAUGAGUUUCAAACUGGAGUUUUACCGUUCGAACAAUGGACACAUGUGGCACACAUUCGCAUGGCUUAUUUAGUGUGUAAAUCAUCGGCAAGUUUCGAGGAAGCUUUGGAAACAAUUCGUCAAGGUAUUCAGCAUUUCAAUGGACUGCACGCCGCGAAGCUCACCGUUGGUUUUCAUGAAACAAUGACCCAACUAUGGGCCACAUUAAUUUGGAAUGCCACACAACAAUGCGAUUCAUCCGUCUCGAAUUCGAAUGCUUUUCUCGAUCAAAACCGCGAGCUUUUAGAUUCAUCAUUAUGGAAACAAUAUUACUCUCCAGGAGUAAUGUUCUCACCAGAUGCUAAACGUGCAUUCAUAGCUCCUGAUUUAAAGACAAUUUCAGUAGAAAACGCACAAACUUUAAAAGAAUGA